GCUGUGACUUUUAUUUUGAAGUGUGCUCCGGUCUCCUCCUCGAUGUUUCCGGUUAACUUGACUUAUCCCGAUGACGUCUCCGGUAGGUCCCGGUAUAAACACGGUGUCCUCCGGUAAGCAGCCGCUCUCAGGCCUCUCAGGACGGACGGACCGAACUCUCCGGGCUCCAGACGGACUCAGCUGACAGAAACGGACCGAACCUCCCUCCGGUUCUGACGGUGGAGAGGAGCUUUUACCGGAGAUACUCAGAUAACGGGUCGGACCGGAGAACCGGGCGAGGUGCCUGGAACAUUAUAAACGAAUUAACGGACACUCCCCCGCCUGUGCUCCCGUGGAGAGGCGGGUUCGUGCGGGCUGUACCGGGGAGAGAAGCGCCAUGGAGUUUCGGUGGAGCCUCCCCCGGUGCUCGGACCUCCCGGUGAGGUAACCGGGAGCAGCAGCGACCUGUUGCGUGUUGUCGGUGACGCAGAGAAGAUGAGCGGAGUCCCCGGUCUGAUGCUGCUGCUGGUCCUCAGCGGCCGUGCUGCGUUCACUGCCUGCAUGUCCCUGAACGCAGCGCAGGGCGCAUGGGUUCCGGCUCAGGACGCACACGGUUCCGACGGCCCGAACGCCCCGGUCACAGGUACCGUUCACUCCAGGUGUGUGUCCUCAGGUGUGGACGGAACUCGGCGGAGACGCCCCCUGUUGGAGAAAACCCGCCCCUUCAUCCUGGUGGACGGACAGAGGCGAAGCCUCGCAGAAGCUUUACAGGACGGUCAUCCCGACCGGCUGCAGUCUGGGCUGGAGGUCGGAGGAAGACUCUUCCUGCUGGACCUGGAGAAGAACCAUGACCUUCUGCCCAAACCCCCCAACGUCUUCUACUACCUCCCCAACGGGACCGGAGUGUCCGUGACGGCCGACCCUGUGACUCACUGUUAUUACCACGGCGGAGUCAGAGGGUUCCCCCAGUCCAGAGUGGCCCUGAGCACCUGCUCCGGACUCCGCGGCGUCAUCGCCCUCAACUCCACCCUGAGCUUUGAGCUGCAGCCGCAGGAGGACGACCACCACCACCCCCACCACCAGCAGCAGGGGGAGGACGGAGGAGGAGGGGGAGGAGGAGGAGGAGGAGGAGGUUGGGGGAGUGCAGGAGAUGGUAGUGGAGGAAGUGGAGGCGGCGACGAAGAGGAAGGAGUCCACCUGCUGUUCUCCACCAGGCCUCUGGAGGGCGAUAGCGCCGGAGGCUGCGGCGUGUCUCACACCGCCGUCCCCCCCAUCCAUAGCUCCGCCCACACACACAGGAUGAAGAGAGACAUCCUGUCUGAGACCAAAUACAUCGAGCUGGUGCUGGUGGCCGAUCACCAGGAGUUUCUGAAUUACCAGAAGCACAAUAAGACGAUCAUCUACCGGAUGCUGGACGUGGCCAACCAGGUGGACUGGUUCUACCGUCCUCUGAACGUGCGGGUGGCCCUGACCGGUCUGGAGAUCUGGAGCGACAGCGACAAGAUCCCGGUGGAGAAGAGUCCGACCGACACCCUCAACAACUUCCUGGAGUGGAGAACCAGAGACCUGUUGCCACGGCUACGCCACGACAACGCCCAGCUCAUCAUGGGCGGGUCUUUUGACGGCACCACGGUGGGGAUGGCGUCUCAGUCCUCCAUGUGCUCCAGAGACCGGUCGGGUGGAGUCAACGUGGACCACCUGGUCAGCGUUCUGGGCGUGGCCUCCACCGUCGCCCAUGAGCUGGGUCAUAACCUCGGGAUGAGCCACGACACCGCCGACCGUCGCUGCACCUGCCAGAACGAACCUCGUCUCGGAGGAUGCAUCAUGGAGCCGUCCACCGGGUUCAUGCCGGGGCAGCAGUUCAGUAGCUGCAGCGCUUUAGAUCUGUCCGUCAGUCUCCUGCACGGCGGCGGCAUGUGUCUAUUCAACGUCCCUCAACCCGACCGUCUCCUGGGAGGACCUCGCUGUGGAAACCUGUACGUGGAGAAAGGGGAGGAGUGUGACUGCGGCCUCCUGGAGGAGUGUAAGGACCCCUGCUGUAACGCCUCCACCUGUCAGCUGGUUCCUGGCGCUCAGUGCUCCUCUGACGGUAUCUGUUGUCGGGACUGUAAGCUUCAGGCGGCGGGUUCGAUUUGCCGUGAGCCGCUCGGGGAGUGCGACCUACCUGAGUUCUGCACGGGCUCCUCCCCCUUCUGCCCCCCCAACAUUUUCCUGCAGAAUGGCGAGCCCUGCGAAGAGGGCACCUCCUACUGUUACGGAGGCGUCUGUGCCAGCAUGAACACCCAGUGCCAGAUGCUGUGGGGUCCAAACGCCACCAGCGCUCCACCCGUUUGUUUCUUAUCCGUCAACAAACAAGGAAACAAAUAUGGAAACUGUGGUCAGCUGACCAACGGCUCCUACGUCCCCUGUGGAAACGCUGAUGUUUACUGUGGUAGGAUCCAGUGUCAGGGCGGGGGGGAGCGCCCCCUGCUGGGCACCAACGCAGAGAUCUUCACCACCACUGUGGGCUCCGACCUGGUCUGCAGAGGGACCUUCUUCCACCUGGGCGACGACGUGUCCGACCCCGCCACCGUGGCCCAAGGCACCGCCUGUGGCCCUGGCAAGGCUUGUCUGAACCAGAAGUGUCAGGACGUGUCGGUGUUCGAGGUCGACGAAUGUCGCAGCAAAUGCAACGGCCACGGGGUGUGUAACAGUAAUAAGAACUGCCACUGUGACGUGGGCUGGGCUCCACCUGACUGCAGGUACUCGGGUCACGGAGGCAGCGUGGACAGUGGACCGGCCAGAGCAGCUCGAGAGUCGGAUCCGGUCCAAGUCGCCCUCCUCGUCAUCUUCCUCUUCAUCCUGCCCGUGGUCCUCCUCUUCCUCGCCUUCCGCUUCCCUCGUUUCCGUCGGAGCAUCCUCUGCCUCGGACCAAACAGCCCGUUUCACAAAAGUCGACAGCACAACCGGACGCCGGUGACAGAGCGAGUCGACGGGAGGAACGGGGAGCAGGUCCGGCCUCUCAGAUACCACCUGAACCCACAGGCGGACGUCCAGCAAGCCCCUCCCCACAAAGAGGUUCAUGACAGACCUGCUCCGCCCACUAAGCCACUCCCCCCCGACCCCGCCUUAAAACCCCCGCCGCAGUUGGUUAAACAGCGACCAGCCCCCCCCACCAAGCCUCUGCCCCCUGACCCGUCCACCCCCCCCAUCCAGGUACAGCCACCUGCUGGUCGGAGGAGUUUAUAUGUGUUUCUGAACCAUAAAAAUAAAAAGCCUCCGACGAGCCGCCCGGCUCCGCCCACCAAGCCACUCCCCCCUGAUCCUGUCUCACCUGCACAGGUUUCGCUUCCACUCAAACCUGUGGUGCCCGUGAAGCCCCGCCCUCUGGCCCCGCCCUCACACCCCCACCUCCCGCCUCACCCGGGCUACGCUGCAAAACCUCCACCUCACGGAGCCGUCGCACCGGCCUCCUCCUCCUCCACCUCCUCCUCCUCCACCUCCUCCUUCAUCCCCAACAGGCGACCUCCUCUUCCUCCGAGUCGACCCAUGGCGCCCCCCCAGGUCCAGUCCUCGCCUCCUCUCUGAAGAUGAUGAAGAUGAUGAAGACUCUGUUUCCAUCGCUCAGGAUUCAGACCUGUCACAUUAUCAUAGCGCCCCCUGCUGUCAGGAGGUCCAGUGCCUUUAGGACGGGAAUCAAACCUGUGAUCAGAGACUUGGUCCAGAUCGGAUUUUAUUUUCAUUUUUAUUUUCGUUGAAGAGCUGAGUCGUCUUUGAUGAACUCAUGAAUCCUUUAAAAGACUUGUUUGAAGGUUGGAGAUGAAUCAGUGAAGCUACUCGUUCAUUCUCUUUCCUCUGCAGGUUGAAUGAAUGAAUGAAUUUUUCCCAGAAUUCUUUGCUGUCGCUCGUUUCCCUGAAAAAAAACUUUAUUCUUUAAGAGUUUGACUUUUUGUCUCGUUGGGAUUUUAUUCUUGGUUCAAGUUGCUGUUAAAUUCUUUUCAUUUAAAUAUUUUUAUAAGCCAUAACAUUAUGACCACUGACAGUGUGUGGAUCCAUUAGACCGAGAGUUGAACAUUUCACCCUCAGAGUUGAUGUUAUUGAUGUUAGAAGAAGAAAGAACUUGAUCCUGGUCUACAGUGAUCCAAUGAAGGAGGACCUCUGAUGGAAUCUCACAACUGGACCAGGGAGACCUGGAGGAAGAUGAUUCUGGUUCUGAUGGAUCUAACCUGGUGGUCACAUGACCCCAGGGUGCAUUCUGGGUAGGAGAGGAUGAGACCUCUCCUUUGACUCGUAGCUCCACCUUCUCAUGAAGACAGGAUUCCCUGAUGGACCCCCUGGAACCAGAUCUGAGUCCAGUCCAGGACCAGCUAGUCUGAUCCGUGGAGACUCUCAACCUGAAGCAGGACUUAAAGGAUCAGAUGCUGACGUCACAGAACACCUUCAGAGACCAGGACCAGGUGGUCAUAAUGUUAUGGCUGAUCAGUGCUCCAACAUCUGUGACCAAGAAACCGCUGGAAACCCGAGACCUCGUCCUGAUCUUCACCGGCUGCUUCGACGCCUUUAACCCGGAUCAGGUUUAUCUUUAUUUUAUUUGCCUUGAGAUUUCUAUGAGGAACGAACGGUUUCUAACGCCAAAGAGAAGCUGGACCAGAACCACGUGGAGCUAAAAGACUGGAGCUGUGAGACUGUUUGAGAAGCUUCACGCUUUGUGGAUUAAAAGAAACCAUUUGUAGUUUUUAUUUUGUCAAACGUAGACAUUAAACUGUUCACACACGUUUCUAAUAAAAGUCUCAGAAAUGAAAAGUGG